AUGAAAUACAUUUCAAUAGUAUUGUAUAAACGAAGCACAAGUUUAAUUGCAGCUUUUAUUGUAUUAAUUCUAUUGGGUAUUAUUCGAUGGUUUUUUGAUGGAUCAGCAAUAUCUAAUGAAACUACAUCUUAUUCAUCAUCUUCUCCUUUAUUAAUUAAUGCUAAGAAUAAAAAUCAAAGUAUUUUCUAUCGUCGACAAACAUGUUCAUGUACACGACCUAUUCUUGCAUAUAAAUCUAAUCUUAUAAUUAUUGAUGAGACAUCUUCAUCUCUCUGUAGUCAAUAUUCAACAUUUCGUGGUUUUCAUCAACGUAUUAUUGCUAUUAGUAUGUAUGGUCCAAAAGAGAAUGCAUUGUUUGGUUUCAAUGUAUCAUUAAAUUUUCUAUAUGACCUUAUUGAUGAUAUGAAAAAGAUAUAUCCGGGUUGGAUUUUACGAAUAUAUCAUGAUACAUCAAUUAAAGAAGAUAUUAUUUGUCCUAUAGAAUGUGCUCAUAAUAAUGUUGAUUUUUGUAAUACAAGUUCAUUGAGUAAUUUAGGCAGUGUAAAUGAUUAUAUACCACCAAAAAUUUGGCGUUUUUUACCAGCUGGAGAUCUACUUGUUGAUAUAAUGGGUAGUCGUGAUCUUGAUUCACCAUUAUCACAACGUGAAUUAGAUGCUGUUAAUGAAUGGUUAUCAACAGAUAAAGCAUGGCAUGCAAUGCGUGAUCACCCAUUUCAUGGUGUUCCAAUGCUUGGUGGUAUGUGGGGUUUUCGUCCAGUACUUAAUCGAACAAUGGCUAGUAUAUUUCUAAAUAAAAUAUUAAAUCAUAAUUUAAUUAAACGAUAUGCUGGUCGAGGUGAUCAAACAUUUUUAACAGAUCACAUAUGGCCUAAUAUUCAAGAUCAUGUUCUUGCACAUGAUAGCCAUCUAUGUACUACAUGGUAUGGAAAAAAUUCUCAACCAUGGCCAACACGUCGACCACCGUUAAAUGAAACUAGUUGUUUUGUUGGAUGUGUACGUCCUUGUUGUCAAAAAAUGAAACCUCCAUUUGGUGAAUGUCCAAUAGCCUGUCGACCAAAGAAUCAUACAGAUUGGACAAUGUGUUAG